AUCGUUGAUAUUGUUGUCGUUGUUGUUGUUGUUUGUGUGUGCUUUGGUAUAUAGUUUUCAUUUUUGGAUAGAUUGGAUUCAAUAUACUCGUCAAUGUUGGGACUAUGUCUCACUCUCUCUGUCUCGCUCUUAAUAUUGCGCUCAAUUUUUUCUCAAGAUUUUUGAUUAGCUCAUAGAUGAUGUAAUCCAUGUGUUUUUUCUGUUUGUUGUUUUUUUUUACAAAUUGAUUAUAUUGGAUAUUUAAAUUUUAUCAUUUUACUCGUAAAUAAUCAUGGCUACAUCAUCUAAAAAAUUAUCACAACAAGAAUUACGACAAUUGAUGCGAGAAAAAGUACAAAGUAAAAAAGAUAUACGUAUUGAUUCACCAUUAGCACGAUAUGAUGAUCGUGGACAACUUUGGUGUCGUAUUUGUAAUCAGAUUAUCAAUACUGAAUUUCUUUGGUCAACACAUUUGAUUGGAAAAUCACAUAAAAAGAAAAUUGAAGAAUUGAAGCAAAAAUCUAAAUCUACAUCGACGAAAGAAUCACCAUCGUUAACGAGUGGUCCACUAAAAAGAUCUCUACCUGUUGAAAAUAUUGAUACUAUUACAUCGAAUAAAAUAAAAAAAUCCUCUGACAAUAAAGAUGAUAUUGAAAAUAACAAAUCUGUUACAGCUUCAAACGUGAUAUUGGAUUCAUCAUUACCAAAAGAUUUUUUUGACAAUGAAACCAAAAAAGUUGAAGCGGAAACGAAUGAAUCAUCACAAUUACCAAAAGGAUUUUUCGAUGAUCCACAAGUUGAACAAAAAGUUCGAAAAAUUCCACGUGAUCAAACGCUAGAAAAUCAGUUUGAAUUGUUUCGAAAAGAAAUAGCCGAAGAGUCAAUAGUUUCACAGAAUCUGAUGGAAGAAGAAUUCGAAGAUUUAGAAAAGGAAAAAACGCUCACAGAAAUUGAUGAACAAAUUGAAAAAUGGGUCAAAGUGGAUGAAAUUCAGAAGAAAAUCGAAAAGAUUCAUGAAAAACAUGAAAGUUUAGAAAUGAAAGAUAACAGUGAUAAUUCUAAUAAUCAUGACGACGAUGAUGAUGAUGAUGAUGAUGAUGAUCAAAUCGAUUUUAAUGAUAUAAAUUUUUGGCGAAACAAAGUUGUUUUCCGUUAAUAAAGUUUUUUAAAU